UUCACGACAAAAACGGCCAUCUUAAGAAAAAGAGCCUGGUUAGACCACCUUUCUGGUGCGCAACCGUGUUAAUGUUUUUAUAUUUUCUGGCAUCAGCUUUCGGGGAAACAAUGCAAGGAUUGAUAGCUUACGACUGUGCAAACCCGGAAGUCAAUAUGACAAGCUACUCAUUAAUGGACGUUUCAUCAUGUCUUCCGUCAAUCAAAAAUUUAACUAUCACUGAAGUACCGAUUCAAGUACUUCAACGCAGUACACAAGGAUUUGUUAUGGUUUAUCAAUGCAAGGUGAUCAUAAAACGAUCUAUAAGAUACUGUGGGAUGCAUUCUCACACAUCAGAUUACGAAAGAGGCUAUUCAUACAUCGUAAAGGAAUUUACAGCAGAAGAAUGUAGGAACACUCACCUGAUAGGGGCGGUAACAUUAACCCAUAACAGUAGAAUUCGAGAAAUUAGGAGAAACAGCACAACCAGAGGGGAAACAUUGAUAGUGGGCCAUGCGAGGGGCAGAUCACUCAUCGAAAUCACUGAAUCCAAAAUGCGCAUUGGAAAAAAUGCUUCACAAUGUGUUGAAAAUGCGUUAAUUAAUCUAAUGCACCUACAUUGCAUUUAAAAAUCUAAUGCAUUAAAAAUUGCUUCGAAAAUGAAAUGCAUCAGUGAAUACCCGAUAAUGCGUGCAUUCGAUUUGUGCUAAAUUUGAAGUAAUAAAUUUCGAUUUUUAAAAUUGGUGGAAACUCUCGGUGAAAAUGUUUAUCUUUGUUGUUUGAAGUUUUAAAUGUAUACAAGUGCGAUGGAGUUUGAAAUGAACCGUAACACUGAUACUAGUGACUUAUUACCUCAUGAAAUCAAAAGUUUUUGGAAAGCAGUAGAAGAACUUACUACGGAAAUUGUUCCGUAUUAUUUGAAACACAUAAUUACGGCUGCUGGAUACGAUAGAUAUACGGCUUUGAAAAAUUUUCCAGACGAUAUGAAACUGGAGCUGGAGCUUUUUGCCAGGGAACGCAUUCCAAUUUUGUUUUCAGCGGAUUUGAUUUCUACGUCUGUUUACCUUUGCAAUCCGGAACAGUUCAAGUUAGUGCCUGGACAUAUUCAACUUCUUAAAAGUAUAUCUCAAAAGUUACCUGAGAAUGCAAAACACUUCCAUAAGAUCAGGCAAAAGCAUGCAGAAACUAUUUCACGUAUGCGAUCAAGGUCGGAGGCACGCCACAGUCAAAUUUUGCAAACUCAAGCACAGCCAUUUUCUUCAAACUCUUUGCCAAUAAAUGGAACCGAAAACAUGCAUGACAUACGUGGAGAAAACUCCAUAAACAAACGGAAACACGCUACCGUUCACGGAGCAGAAAUUGAUAUAAAAAUUCGGCGAUGGAUUGCCUCCAAGAAAUUUACGAUUCUUGGUCAGCAAAUUGAUAUUAAUGUGACUGGAUACCGCAAAGCCAGUGUGGAAUGUUGGCUCUGUUCAAAGAAAAUUGCCCUGAGCAGUCGUACGAAUAAAAACGGUUCGUGGUAUUGGAUCAUUUCAAACUUCACUAAGCAUUUGGCAGAUCACAUGGCGCCUCGUCCGAAAGUAACAAUUGUCUCUUAUUUUAAUUCUGAUCCUGAACCGUUAUGUGAACGUGAAGUAGAUCAUGAUUCGGGUAAUUCUCAUGAAAUUCUAUCACAAGAUGCCAACGAAUUCUGUACUGAUGAUUACGAUAAUGGAGUUACAAUAAAUGAAGAGAAAGAUGAAUAUUUCGAAGAAUACCUGGAACAUGAAGAGAAAACGUUCAAUCAUUCUGACCUCGAUUCUGACAUAAAUUUACAAACCCUAAAUCGAGAUAGUGUUGAAAGAACAAAAGAAUGAAUGAUAUGUC